AUGGCGUCAGCAGCUCCUCCCAGGCGUUUCAAGGUCGAGCCCAUCGAGACAACUGUCUCGUCCUCCAAGGACAAGGCUGCGGCACAGCAGGACAAAGCUCCGGCACAGCAGGCCGAGAGGCCGAAGCCACGGAGGUUUGCACCACAGCCAAUAGAGACGACAAAAUCAAGUUCCAAGUCUAGCCGUAGGUUUGCGCCCGAGCCCGUUGAGACUACCAAGAGGUCCAACCGUCGCUUUGCUCCCGAGCCCGUGGAGACGACCACACGAAGCAGUCGUCAGAAGUUUGCCAAGGACUGGGAAGAGCAAACGUCCCCCACCGGGAAGUUCAAAGCGGAUCCUAUGGAAGCGGCUUCAAGCUACAGUAGCCAGUACAAGGGUUCUCUAAAACUGCCUACCAAGAAAUUUCGACCGCAAUUGAUCGAAACUGCCCAAAGACAUCGCAAGGCUGGGGACGACACUCCCGCAAUACAACCGUCCGACAAGACUGAGGCGACCCCGGACUCUGCAAUAAGUGCCCGGAAAGCAAGGAUACUGGGAAUCCCUCCCACACCGCCAACAAACACACCGACUUUUGAUAUCAAACAGAACCCUUUGUUUUUGGAGAUACAACGCAACGCCUCACCGUGUAGGCGCCGUUCGUACUUUAGCUCCUCGCAGCACUCGUUUCGUGUUCCUGACUUAGACCCGAUUGAGUCUUCCGAGUCUGAAGCAUCUGCGCCGCCAUCGCCGACGGAGUCGCCACCUUACACUUCAGACCAUUCGUUUAUGUACAAAGAAGCUACUCGACGACGAGAAAGUGUUGACGACAGUUCUGCUGGCUACCUACUUGAGUUGGCUGCUAAGGCUGCAGAGAAACAGCUUCGGGAACAGGCUUUGGCCGCAUUCCCGAACAGCGACUUCCACGAACCCGUGGCUCAUUACGUGGAUCAUGACACAGAAGGCUCAGAGCCAUCAGUCACUGAGGCCAAGCCGCAGCGAGAACCGUCCUUCACGCAGGUUAAUUGGGAUUUAAUUGCCAUGCGUGAGUAUCAAGAGAAGCAGAAAGCCGGUAAAGAGGAGCAGAAGCCGAAAGAGUAUCACAAGCCUGCUUUCAGCCCAUUCGGAAACCCAGCCGGCUUUCUGGAUGCUGCUACGGCCAAGAAGUUUGCGAACGAGCGAAAAGACCCCGAAUUAGAGCGUCAACGCAAAGAAGCCCGACCUCCCAUGCUUGGACAGGACAUCAAAUUCCCUCGAUGUGCAUCACCGGAGCCAUCUCGUUUUGACCCUACUCAAGGAUGCGAUGCGGUCAGGACGGCUAUGUGCUAUCUCUCUGAGCAGUCCAAGGCCGCGUCUGAAACAGGAGAGAGCCUAUGGUGUGGAAAAGGCAAUGGCAGGCAAACAAGUACAACACCAUCACUGUGGUCCAAUGCCAACAGCCGAGCUUCAAGCACGCACGGGUUGUGGGGUGGUUUCUGCGUCAACGGUGGAGACAAGUCCCCACGCGGGCCAGCCGGUCUACUCACACCCCACAAUGAGAAGCCAAACCCCAUGUCACCUUGUCCAACGCCCUCUACGAGCCUCUUGCCACCUACGCCUCCGGCAUCGAGCUCCGGCGUCACUUUUGGGCAAACGGACUUCUCGGGCAUCGAUGAGAAGCUCGCUGUCGAGCAGUCCAUCGAAGAAGAAUUUGGUGACAACUUUGUUACCCAAGUGUACAAUUACCUGUCACUCGGAUAUCCAUCAAUGGCACGUCCGUUCGAUGAAGAGCUUUCAAAGAUUUCGCACAUUCCCAUUUCCGAGUUGAGGCAAGACGAUCACCUCGCCUCAUCCCGUGGCUACAUUCGUCUGGGCAACGACGGCAAUUUGAAGGACACCCAGAUUACCGAGGAGACAUGCAUGCGCUGGCGCGCCUUACGCAUAUAUAUCCAGGAAUGGGCGAGGCAACACCCCCACAUGGCUGAAGAUGAAUUCAUGGCUGGGGGGCGUGGAACUGCCGUUAGGAAAGGCAGUUGGGCGCUCUAG